UGUUUGCUGCUAAGUUCACAUGAGUUUGUGUUUAUAAAUAGAAACACCAAUAAUUGUUGGUGUUUUAUUCAAUUUAAGUGCUUUAUUUAGAAUUAUUCGGGUGUAAUAUUUAUUGCAAGUAUCCACACCCUAAAAUGGACAACUUUCAAGCCAAAAAACCGAAAACUGAAGGCGGUGAUUUGGAGGUAACUGGAGUUUCACGAAGCGGCAGAGUAAGAAAAAAAUCGUCAAAACUUGUGGACUUUGAAUCGCCAGACGAAAUAGAAAGACAAUACACGAAAAGAACACCAAGAAAGUCAGAAUCUCACGACACUAUCCCCACACCAUCACCUGUAAAGAAGACUCCGAAAUUUGAAGAAACAUUUACAUCUCCGCCUCCCACAAAAACCCAUGAAGAACACUUCGGGAUGGAGGGAAGCGACUCCGAGUUCGGCAGCGAGUACGAGCAGCCGACGAACGCGACCGAGUCGAGCAUCGACUCGGUCGAGUCGGACAGCGAGUUCGACGAGGCGGAACCCGGCGGCUUCAAGCGCCUCGACGCGGACUCGUCCAAGAAGAAACUCGUCAUCAAGGACGGACGGAUCGUGAAGCAGGACAAACUGAAAGUAACGCCUACUAGAGGCGGCAAAAGCACUCCUACAGGUAGUAAAAUUUCGCCAGGUUCCUUGGGGAUGUACCAGAUCGGGGGGACGAUGUACGAGGGCACCAACGUCUCCCCCCCGAGUCCGCGGGGCAAGGAGGGCAGGGGCAGCGGCAUUAAACCCAUCGAUGUCGCCGCCCACCUGAAGCUGCUCGGGGAGAGCCUCACCAUCAUUGGAGAGAGAUUGAAAGAACACGAAGGCCAGAUAGCUGUUUCUGGUAGUUUGUCAGUGCUCCUUGAUUCUUUGUUAUGCGCACUUGGUCCACUUCUGUGUCUCACGCAGCAGAUACCCGAGUUGCAAGAAAAUUGUUGCGACCCAACUGAACUUCUAAAUACGUUAGAUAAUGUGGCGUUUAUUAUGCCUGGUUUGUAAAAAGUGUG